UACGGCGCUGUGGGGGCGGCGGCGGCGGGGCGGCCAUCUUGGCGGCGGAGCGAUGAGCGGUUCGAACCCGAAGACGGCGGCGGCGGCAGCUGCGGCGGGGUCGGGGCCCGGGGGCCUGGGGACAACCAAGGACGAGAAGAAGAAGCCAGGCGGCGGCGUCCUGAACCGGCUCAAGGCCCGGCGCCAGCCGCCGUCCGCCGCCCAUCACCAUCCCGCGGACGGCGGCGGCAGCGGCUCCAGGAGGCCCGAGGCCAGGCGGGUCCCGCCGGUCACGGAGCAGGAGCUGCUGGCGCUGGAUACCAUCCGGCCAGAGCACGUCCUGCGCCUCAGCCGCGUCACCGAGAAUUAUCUUUGCAAACCCGAGGACAACAUCUACAGUAUUGAUUUUACCCGCUUCAAAAUUCGUGAUCUGGAAACGGGGACGGUGCUAUUUGAGAUUGCCAAACCUUCUGCUUCAGACCAAGAAGAGGAGGAGGAGGAGGAAGGUGGAGAGGUAGACACCAGUGCUGGGCGUUUUGUUCGCUAUCAGUUCACGCCAGCCUUUCUCCGGCUCCGAACAGUUGGGGCUACGGUCGAGUUCACGGUGGGAGACAAGCCGGUGUCCAACUUCCGAAUGAUUGAGCGGCACUAUUUUCGGGAGCGUUUGCUGAAAAACUUUGACUUUGAUUUUGGCUUCUGCAUCCCUAGUAGCAGGAACACCUGUGAACAUAUCUACGAGUUCCCUCAGCUCUCCGAGGAUGUCAUUCGCCUCAUGGUGGAGCACCCUUACGAGACCCGCUCGGACAGCUUCUACUUUGUGGACAACAAGCUGAUCAUGCACAACAAAGCCGACUACGCCUACAACGGGGGGCAGUAGCUGCAGGAAGGCGGCGAGGGACCACACCGCCCCAACCACGUUCACCGCCGGCCUCAGCAGAGUGGGGGCCAGCAGCUUCCUCUCCAUCCAAGGAGAUGCUGAGCAGGGCUGCUCUUUCCUUCCCCGACAUCCUUUCCUCCUUUCUUCUUGCUGUCCCUUAGAUCUCAAAGGUACUCUUGUUGAAUAACGGGUUAGGAUAUGGCCUCUUUCAGCCAGUUAAAGAAGAAAGCUUAUUUCAACUUGGUUUUAGCUGUGUUUGUGCUUUUCAGCAGAGGUCUCUUAGAGAACUACACUCAAGUGGGAGUCCUCUGAGGGCUUCACAGACAAGUCAACAGCUGCAUUUUGUUGAGCAGACUUCUGUCCUUGGGGCUGUGGAAGUCUUCAAGUUGGGCCUCUGCUUCUGGUCUUCCUCCUCUUUUGGAUUUACUGCUUUGCCUGGCAUGGUCUUUUCUGACUAAACUUGUCCCCAUACCAGCCCAAAGGGCUCGGGGUGGGAGGAGCAGGAGGGCAGGGCAGGGCUUUGGCCUAGGGUGGCUGAGUCAUGGGGCCAUAUCCUCGAGGACCCUGGCUUUCUGUUUGGUUCCCAGGACUCUCGGUCAGGUUUGGCGUCUUCUCCUGGAGUCAGACAGGUUUCAGCUUCCCUCCCAGAAGGGAAAUUCGCAGACAGGACUCCUCUCUUCAAACUGGCAGUGCCUUCCUGUCCUCAUUUUGGGGGAGCUUUAAGUCCAUGGCCAAUUUGGCUUCCGCCGCCUUAUGUGCUCAUUUCAUCUCAUUAGAUAGAAUGUAUUGAUUUUAGUUGUGGGGGUAAUUGUUUACUCUGGGAGCAGCCUGUUGCUACUCAGACUUUCCCCCACUGUAUUAUUUUUUAAAAUUCUGACCUUCUCAAAGAUUUUAUACUCUGACAAUGGUGUUUCCACUUUAUCUGAUCUGAGGCUAGACUUAAAAUAGUAUUAAUCCAGGUUUCUGGAAUCCAUCGUGGUCAUCAAGUGAGCUAUAGUUGUAAACCAGCACCAUCUUAGAAGAAAGAAGUGGCAUCUGUACUGUAGAGAGUGUGGCGGGGGGGGGGGGGGUGGGGGAUGGAGGAAGGAGCGUGGACACUCACUCCAGGGCCAGGUGGAGUGACCUCCGAAUUGAGGAAACUUCGCAGCUUGAUUUUUCACUACAGUUUUCAGAAUCUUGCCUGGCUGUCAGACCAAAGUAAAUGUUGUGGCCCUUGUAGCUAGUGGACGAGAGUGUGUGAGGUGUAGGGGGAAGAUGAGAAAGGUUGGCUUGGCCUCUCCGAGAGAUGGCCCCACCGGGCCUUGCUCAUCUUACUAGGUACCCCUGCUUCAGACUUGGCUUUAUUGAUUGGUUCCUCCCUUUGAUUGUUCGGGUACUUUUAUGGUGCUCAACCAAAACAUGGAUUUUUAACAAACAGCUUGUCAUUGCUGUGGUCACCAUUAGCAUUAGCCUAAAGCUGUCUGGUGGAAGUCCCCAGAGGGGUUGUCAUGAAAGCCCUGAAAGAACCACUGACACUGGGGGAAACCAUGCCCCUUGAUAGGGAGGAGAAGACAUUCCUAAAUAGGCAGGGCUGCCAUUUUGCUUGGGUGUCCCUGCCUCUAUUUGCCCGAGACCCUCUGGUCAUGAUGUAGUUGCUGGCAUGGCUCCCAAAACCUGGGCAAAGGGAAUGGGUCAAGACUUGUAUCUCGGGGCUGCCUGUGCCCGUGCCCUGUGCCUUGGCUGCAUCCCCACCCCAAAGGCUGGUUGAGCUAGAGAGCUGAGUGAGUGAAGGGGUCAUCUCCCUGCUGGGGAGACAGUCGGUCCUGAGAUGAGAGCUGAGCAGAAAUCCUGGUGCCUUACCUGUGGCUUUGCCCCGGUGCUGCUGGGGAAGCAUUCUCGUGGUUUCUUCUUUUUUUCACGGGCAGGUGUUAACCUCUGCCUUAUGACCUUUGGUUUUCCUUUUAGCCAUGCUGAUGGGCAGCAGAUUCUGACUGGUCUCUUCUUCCCCCAGCAGAGUGCCCACCUGGGUGUUCUUUGGGAGCUAUGCACAUCACCACUUGGACCCCCAUCUCUCAGCCAUAUAGUGUGUUCCUGGGGCUCUGCACGCCAUCAAACUUUCCUGGAUGCAUGGAUCAGAAGGGACUAGGUUGUUUUAGAAGUGACUUUCCCUCUCAUUGUGUAGUGUUCUCACGCUUAGUGUUCUCUUUCCCCAGGAACAGGAGGCCAGAGAGGCCAGGCUUGUGUUUGAGGCUGUGGCUCUGCUUUGGCUGGUGCUCUAACAUGUCCCCCACACACCUGUCUUGGACUCACUAGAGACUUGGGAACCCGAGAAAAGUGAAAUGAGAAGUCGUGUCCCCAAGAAGCCAGUGCUGCUGGUGUCCACUUUCGAGCUUGUGUCCCUGGGGAGUCGAGAAAUGCCAGAACUGUGAGGGACAGCUUAGAAUCAGAACCUGUAGCUACGGUGAGACAAAAUGAGGACACCACAGUCCCCGAUUAAGUAGUAAAACCAGACAGGAAGGGACCAGAGGCCAACGUCCUAAGGUUUCAAGACUAGCACUUGGCCUUUGGGUGGUAGGACCUGUAAGGGGAGGGAGGCCCAUGCCCUGCCCUGCCCUGCCAGGGUUCAUUCCUAAGACGUGAUCAUUCCAGGAGACAUUCUGGGACCACUUGAUAGAAGGUGGAUUCUGUUCUCUGUGUCCUUCUUUGGCCUUUCCCUUGUGUCCACUUGUAUUUCACCAUAGAGCAUCACAGCAGCCAGUCCUUCCCUACAGAUCCCUUCUCCAAAGAAGAUCCUCAUUUGGUUAAGUGAAGCACCCCAAAGGGUAAGUAGAGAACAAAUGGAGAUAGAUUUGGGCCACCCCUUCCCUCCCAGCUUGAAGCUAGUGCCUCCCGAGAGACAUGGCCUCUCUGCCUUGUUAGCAGAUGACAGACGGGACUGCCCAAGCAACCCCAGCUGGAUCUUCAGAAAGAGGAGGGGAGCCGUCUAUAGGGGUUUACUGUAGGGCAUUAAAACUUAGAGUUUCACUUGCUGAAGAACACAUGCAAGAGAUGUUACUUUUUGAUAUUGUAGCUGUGACCAGCUCCCCAGAGAGGCUCCCUCUUCGGGGGUCUGCUGGCCCAGAGAUCGGGGCAGAGUGCUCAGAUGAAAGGUCCAGCAUGGGCCCUUGCGCUGGGCACCAGUAUUCCCAAAUGCAGAAAUUACCUCCCGGGAGUUUGAGCCCAGUGAGCUGAGGCCCUCCAUUGCUGCCAUCUCUCUCCGUGUUACUCAUUUCUUUUGUACAAGAAGGAUCUGGUGGUUGGUGGAUUCUCCCUCUUGUUUUACAAAGGAUCAUGUAAAUUCAUUGAAGUUGUAAAAUUCUAUUUUUUCCAUGUAAAUCUAUUUUCACAGAAUGUAAGAAGCAUCAGUGACCUGGUCUAUACCUCUCCCUCUCUUUCCUACUCUCUCCACCUUUCUUCCAGUGUAAUGUCUCUGUCCAAAGUGAACUAGGUGACUUAUUUGUAUAAAAUGUUAUUUUGUCACGAUCGAUAGGAAUAAAAGGACAUUUUCACAUUA